AAGAGAGAGUGUACUAAAGCCUAAAGGUCAGGAAGGGAUAGAGUGAAAUGGUGGUCACACACACCUCUAUCAUCAUCUCCCAUUUUUGUUGAGCCUUCUACCUUUAAAAGUCAAUUUAUUUUCAUUUUCUGUCUCACUUUUCUAUAAUGUUUUGUAACAAUACAUUACACUAUGUUUGUCCCUCUUCUGUUCAACCAUAUAUUUUAUAUAAUUCUUCAGCAUGUGAGACCAUGUGAUGAUAUAUGAAUACCCAAUAUAUUCUCUAGUGAGUCAAGAUAUUCAUGUACAUCAUCAAAGUUUCACCUACCCUUUUCUAUAAUGUUUUGUAACAUUACAUUACACUAUAUUUGUCCCUCUUCUGUUCAACCCAGGUUCAACCGUAUGUCAUAUAAUUCUUCACCAUGUAAGAGGCCAUGUGAUGAUAUGAUGAAUACCCAAUAGAUUCUCUAGCGAGAGUCAAGAUAUCUUUUAAGAAUACAUUGAGACUCUAGAUUAAACAAUACUAAAUGGUAAUAGAGUCCACCACUAAUAGAAAUAGAGUCUAGCACUGACAGCAAUAACAGAGUAAAGAAAGUACAAACAUAACAUGAAGCCAUCAUGAUGUAGUUGGAAAAUUUUCGAUUUUCGAUUUUUUAAUAUUAUCUUUUUCCUAUUUUUGGUCACUUUGGACUAUACCUUACCAUUUCGCCUUCUAAACUAAACUCACCAUUUAUUAGACCCAUUUUUAAAUAUCUUUUUGUUGAAUCAUGGACAAUGAUGAAAGAAUCCCAUUUUGUAAUUUAAAGUAAGAAAAUAAAGAAUUUAUGGAAAAUUCGUUAUUUAAUGUGAAAAAAUGAAGAGUUUAUAGAAAAGGAAAAAAAGUUUGGGUAAUGGAAGAUGACAGGCCAAUUACUCAUUUAAGAAAAGCAAAUUAUCACCAAAAAAAGAAUUACAAACCCUAACUCAAGAAGUUAGCGAGGUUUUAAAAUUUUAUUUUCUCGUUGUGAUGGAUAAGAGGGAUCUAGGAAGAGAGUUUCACAUGACAGGAGGAGUUGGGAAAACUAGUUAUGCAAGAAACUCUUCCUUACAGAAGAAAGCAUCUGAUGAGGCCAAACACAUCACACUAGAGACACUCCAACAGCUCUACAAAGAGACAAAACCCAAGAGUUUAGUAAUAGCUGACCUGGGAUGUUCUUCAGGACCAAACACUCUCUCCACCAUUAGAGACAUCAUCAAAGCCGUCAUAUAUGCUCACCGCCGCGAGAUCCCAAGCCAGCUCUUACCAGAACUCAACUUCUUCCUUAACGAUCUCCCAGGGAAUGACUUCAACUCCAUAUUCAAGACCUUGCCUGACUUUCACAUAGAGCUCAAGAGAGAUACCAACGAUGAUGAAUCCCCUUCAGUUUUCAUUGCAGCCUACCCUGGAUCAUUCUAUGGAAGGCUCUUCCCUGAAAAGACCGUCCACUUUAUUUAUGCCUCUUACAGCUUACACUGGCUCUCCAAGGUUCCUCCAACUUUGUAUGAUGAUCAAGGCAAGUCCAUAAACAAAGGAUGUGUUAACAUCUGCUCCUCGAGCCCUGAAGCUGUUUCCAACGCUUACUACAGUCAAUUCAAGGAAGAUUUCUCCAUCUUUCUCCAGUUUAGAUCAAAAGAGGUGGUUACUGGAGGUCGAAUGGUGCUCAUAGUACUUGGAAGAGAAGGUCCAGAUCAUGUUGAUAGAGGAAACUCUUUCUUCUGGGAACUUCUCGCAAGAUCCUUAGCAUAUCUUGUUGCACAGGGAGAAACUGAGGAAGAGAAGCUCGAUUCUUACGAGAUGCACUUUUACGCUCCGAGUGCUGCUGAGAUAGAAGAUGAAGUGAACAAAGAAGGGUCUUUUGAAUUAGUGAAGUUAGAGAUGUUGGAAGUGGACAAGGAGAAAGGCAACGAGGAUGGUAUCAGUUACGGUAAGGCGGCUGCGAAGACGGUAAGAGCGGUUCAAGAGUCAAUGCUUUCACUACACUUCGGGGAAGACAUUCUUGACAAGCUGUUUGAUAGAUAUGGUAGAAUGGUUGACGAGGAGUUGGCUAAGGAAGACAUAAGACCCAUCACAUUUGUUGUUGUCCUAAGAAGGAAGCUCUGAAACCAACAUAUAUGUAGCAAAUAUUGAAUAUAAAAUCAUAUCAAACCCAUUGCAAUCAAUCUCAAUGAAACCUGUAAACAUGUUUCAGUGUUUUAAACAUUUAUUGUGGUUUACAUUUUUGGAAUUUUCCAUUUUUUGUAAAUGGAAGAAGAGAACCCCUCCUUGAGCUUCACGUAACCAAAUGUCUCAAUAGUCAAACCAAAACUGCUUGACCUUUUCCUUUGAAACUUUCUAAAAUUUACAAUUUUUUUUGAAAUAUACAAUUUUGUGUCCAACACUUGUGUUCUUAUAAAAAAAUUUAAUUAUUCGAUAACUACAAUAUACAAAUAUCAUCACAAAAUUAAAAGAUAUAAACUCAUUUGUAUUAAACAAAUUUU